AUAAAAAACUGUUUACAACAACUGGUACCAUGGCAACAAUAAGAUUAGCAACUAAUAGUGUAAAAGCAACAACAUCUGCAACAAUAGGAACACCAGGUAACAUAACACUUCCGCAUUUUGAACCAACUAAAAAAACAUACGAUGCAGCAACAUUUUGUGACUUUUCAAAAUGCGUUCUUCCUAAAUGUCGUUGCGGUGGUGAAGACAUUCCAGGAGGGUUAACCAUCGAUCAAACUCCUCAAAUUGUUGUUUUAACAUUUGACGGUGGCGUAAGAGAUAGCAACUUUAAUAUUUACAAGCCAUUUCUAAAUAAUAUUUAUAAAAAUCCGAAUGGAUGUCCUAUAAGAGCUACUUUUUUUGUUACACAUGCAAAUACAAUAUACGAAAACGUUAAAAGUUUGCAUGAUAAUGGUCAUGAGAUUGCCGAUCAUUCACUCACUGACAGAACACCUGAUACCUGGUGGAAAACAUCAACCUACGAAGAGCUUGAUUUAGAGAUAUCUGGUCAAAAGCAAAACAUUGAGAAGAUUGGCGUUUCAGAUGUCAAAGGAUGGAGAAGUCCUUUUCUUGCUAUAGGAGAAAAUACAUACAAAAUUCUUUCCAAUCGCGGGUUUUUAUAUUCAAGCUCCAUAUCUCUUGUUAAAGGGCAAAGAUGGUGGCCGUACACCAUGGAUUAUCUGAACAAAAAUCUUCCAGAUCUUUGCCCGAAUUGUCCACGUAAUUCAUAUCCUGGAUUGUGGGAAGUUCCAUUAAACCAAUGGGACGAUGGAACUACUUCUUACACUUGUUCAUACUUUGACGCAUGUUUUAGAAGUCUGGUUGAUGGAGACUCUGAUUCUGUUUAUAAAUUAUUUAUGGACAAUUUUAGAAAAUUUUACAAAGAUAGAAAGCAACCGUUCACUGCAUUUGGCCAUGGUGCUUUUUUUGAUCAUCCUUCUUACACGUGGAGAAUUGAAGGUUUUAUGAAGUUUUUAAGGGAAAUUUUAAACUUGCCUGAUGUAUACUUUGUUACGGUUUCUCAAGCCAUUCAAUGGGUUCAACAGCCAACUCCACUUCAUCAACUCAAAGAUUUUAAGCCAUGGCAAUGUUGAGCUGUUCAAGACAAUGAAACAUUCGAUUUUGAAACAACGUUUUUUAGAAAUUCAAACAGUUUAAU